AUGGCGGGCAAGUGUUUAUUUCGUAUCACGUCGGAAUGGUUUUUGGAUUAUUGCAUUUAUCAAUUGUGGAAGGAAUUUAGAGACAAGUGUUCGUUUUCAGAUUGCUGGAAAGAUCGUAUCCAAGGUAAAGAGGAAUUAAAGUUAAAAUCUAAGGGAUUCUGGGCAGCAGUUUUCAAUACCAAAGUUAGGAAAUAUGGGUUGUCUUUGGUAUGAUUGAAAUUUGUAAAGUUCUUGUCCCUACGUUUUGGUUUUCCAGCUUAUCCUAGCUGUGUCUAGUCUUCAAUUAGAAAUUAUUGAUUGAAGCUGAGUAGGAUGUGAAGAAUUGUGCAGAUCGAGGAGGAUGUUUACGUUUUCCACCGAGGCUGAAGGCCAAGGUGGAUAACAUCCUCUGAGAAUUGUUCACGUUGUUCGACAGCAGCUGAAGACUAUAUACAUAGGACGCCUGUUCAUUAUGUUGAAGACAAUCGCCUCAAAACAUUUUAAAGGAUGUUAUCCACCAAGGGUGAGGGCCCAGAUGGAUAACGCCCUCCGAGAUCUGUAAAAUUCUUCACAUCAUAUGAAAGCCGAAUUCAAUAAUAUUGUUUUAUUAUUCAUUCAAAAUGUUUCUAAGUCAGGUAAGUGUCGACUGCUUGAGUAUCUCUAGACCUGGCCGGUUUCGGGCUAUCAGUACUCUAAGAGACUCGCACACACUCAAGUCCUGAUCACAUUCAUCGUUUAUUGCUAAAUCAAGGUUUUUUUAUACAUAUUGGUAGCUAAAUCAUACGUGGGAAAAUAUAGUAGGGAAUGCAUGUGGUUUCCUUUCUAGUAAAUACCCUAAUUUGAUUGAAAACUUAAAGCACUAUUACACCUGCAUUACUUACGUAAAUCCGGAGCAGCUAGGUUUAAAUAAUCAUUCCGUCCUGCACAAAAUCCUACCAGUUUAGUAGCUUUUACGCUAUUCCGAUUGGAAAGCACAUCUAACUAUCUGCUUUACACGAUGCACAUUUUUGCAUGUUUGCUUACACCAUAGGGAUCAUAUUUCCAGUUCCUAUCAAGCUAGUAAUUGAUCUAUUGUUCACUCAAGAUUAACAAGUCACGAUUCAUUGUACAAAGUGUCAUGAAUUCUUUAACUUCACUACAGAUAUAUUUUGCGUAUUCUUGCAUUUCUUCUGUUCAGUUAAUUAGAAAUAGGCCAUUUCCGAGUUCCCCCGGGCCUCUGUAUCAAAACGAGGUUGAGUGCUCAGCCUUUGAUGUGCAGAUGAUUUUUAAUUCUCAUGCAAAUAAAACUCAUUUUCACAAGAAAGGCUGUGCACUAGGCCUCAUUUUGAAAGUGAGGGUUUUUGGAACUCAGAAGUGGCCUAUUUUGUUUUUGGAUAGCCGUGAAAGCCAUUUUCUUUUUUAGUUCACUCAGCAAUAAACAGCUAGGCUGCUAUGCCUGAAACAAGAUUUAUCUAUGGUAUAUCAUAAUUUCAUAAUUUAUACCUUCAAAUUGAUCAUGAUAUAUGCCAUAUUGUUUGCAUCUUCUAAAAUAAUAUGGUAAGUGCCAGUUGGUUAUGAUGAAGUAGCCAGGGGGAUUGGAGCCAAUCAGAAACAGCAAAAUUUUGAAUGAUUAUACUCUACAUGUAACUCAUGAUAUCUAAAUAAAGGUAUUAUAACUACUUGCUUUAUCAAACUUCUGCUCUGUCAUUUUCAGAUUAUUUGGAAAACAAACCAUUUGUUAUAGGACAGGAGUUAUCAACUAAACUUCAUUGCAUCAGAUUUAUCAUUGGUUUGCAUGAACAUCAGCCAAUAGACAGUCAGUUCAGCCAAUCAAGUACUUAUUCUAGCUCUACCGAGGAUGAGAAUGAAUCAAGAUUACUUGGACAAGGCUGUUUAAACUAUUUUGAUAAGAUAACAGGAAUAUAUCCAUUUUCUGAUGUGGAGAAGUCCCAUAUGAGAAGUGCUUUGAAGCUUCAGGUAAGCCCUCUAUUGUUUAUUUUAAAUGAAGUUUUUCAGUGAACCACCCUACAACACUUCCAUUAAAUUUUGUAAGUUUGCUGCGCUUUUCACAAACAUGUGAAUUCUGAAGUUCAAAAGCCAACUGAUGAUUGCGUUUUUCGCUGCCGUCAAUCAUCUUAACGGACCUCUUAGACAACAAAACUUUACUUUUAUGGGUUCAAAAGGUCAUGGUUUGUGAUUUUUGAUUGGUGGAUUUCGAUCCAUUUUGUGUGUUUCUGUGUUUCAAUGUUGGUUGCUUGUGAUCAUAAUAAUGAUUGAUAAUUGCAAUUGUGAAGGCGGCUUUUGAACUUAAGAGUUCGCAUGUUUAUGAAAAGCACAGUCAUUCAGGUGUGAUGCAAUAUAGUCAACUGCUGAUAACUUGAACCUUUCAGGGCAAUCGAAAAAAGUUUGGGUUAUGGUGAGUUGACUAUAUAACUGAAAAUAAGGAAAUAAGCAUAUGGGUGCAGAGGGAAUGUAACGACAUGUAUCAUGCACACUUCACCUCAAGGGCAGCAAGACAUUUAUUGAUAUUUUUGAAAAAGGUAUUGAAGCAACAAUACCUGGACAUUCUGGACAUUGAAUUUGAACUGGACAGACAAAGAAGACAUAGAAUAGAUGGUUUUUUAAAAAUAGUAAUUAUUAGAUUUUUGAAACUGUCGAACGUAAUCCUCUUUUUGGCUUGUCACGCUCUUGAAAGAUAGUUCAAGUAAGGCUGUUAUUGAGAUUAUAAAAAUGAUCUGAAGGGAAACAAAAAUUGUUUGAGUUAGUGGGAGGUUCGAGUUAUCAAGGUUUCAAGUUACAGAGGGUAAAAUUACAGUAAAUAUUAUUAUAUGUUGGAAAUCCAGAGGAAAUAAAUUUUGGUUUGAGUUAGCGCAGGUUUGAGUUAGCAAGGGUUCGAGUUAUGGGGAGUCAACUAUUACCACUGUAUAUCAAAAUAUACAAGACUCUUAUACAUUUUGAUGCAGUACUAUUCAACUUCAUGAUCAUGUAUUUGAAAAAGGGAAUCUCAAGAUUAACUCGAUAAAAGAAACUUUCUGUAGAAAAUUAAAAAUUAAGUUAAAAUGACAAAAAGAAUUUAAAAAAUCAAUUUCAGUUAGUAAGCUGUAAUUAACGACCACAUUCUUUACUGCAGUUGGUUGCCUGGGAUGUCCAUGGGCGAAACACACAUGAUGGGAGGGGUGAGGAAAAAAUCAUCCCUAUUCCCUCUUGUUUGUCUAGUACUCCACGCCCUCCUCAUGCUUAACCUUGCUUGCCUGAAAAAACUGGAAAAAUAAAUGCCUGUUCUGCAGGGUAAUAGCCGGUAACUUGAAAUCUUAGAAAAUGCUGUUAAAUUCAAACAGUAACGUAAAUUUGUGAGAAAAUUAAUAACUCACAAAAAUACAAUGGUUUUGUCCCUAUUUAGAAUUGUUCACUUUUUAGAUUCUUUAAUUUUUUUCUCUUGGAAUUACAGAUCAUCUUAUCACACUUUACCCAUGGUGACAUGAAAGGAGGUGAACAGUUGUACUCAGUUUUGUACAGUGAUGACGGUGAUGACGAGGUAUUUUUAGGAUGCUUAUGUCACUUUUCAGACUACCUUAAUUUAGAUUUUGUUAUUAUCUGCAUCACAAACAUGGUAUACAAGUACAUCAUUGUUUCACUCAGGCUGUGAAAUUCCCUGUGUUCACCGUUGUCAAAGUAGCAUUACAAUGCCUUUGAAACUAAAAAAUGCAAGUGCAAAUUUCAUUACAAAAAUGCCUAAAAAAUGCAGCAAAGGCUCCUUGGAUCAAAGUUCGUGAUAAACAGGAUAAUAGUCGUUUUUGUAAUACAGCCAUGAAAUUUUCCCUUUUGAUGCCACUCAUGCAAGUUAACCUCUUCUGAUCUCUCCAAUCAAAACCACAAUUUCAUUGUCAUAGUCAAUGUUAUAGAGGUGGUUCAAACAAGAUUGUGCAUGUGGAAUGCAUUUGCGCAUACAUGCAUGAGACUUUGCACUUAUCAGUAAAACAAUCAUGUACACAUAUGGAAGCAACAAUUUCGAGUCACUUGUUCUUUAUUGUCAUUUUUGUUGUUAACAGGAAUAUCAAGACGAGAUCAGAGAAUUAUUUCAAUCUGAAAAUGACUCAUGGAAGAAAUUGUUCUUAAGAAAACAUACAUAUGACAGAUUCCUCAACCAAGUUAAACAGUUUUUUAUGCCAGUGUGGAAAAAGUUUGAGGCACCAGUCUUAGAAGAGGUGACAAACUAUUUUUAAAACAUUAGCAUGAAAUUCAAAGUACUUCAAGUAAUCAGCUGUAUGGUUUUAUCAUUCCUGUUAUGUACAGUGGAACCUCUAUUCAGGGGACACCCUCUGGACUGAAUAGAGGUGUCCCUUCAAUAGAGGUAACAGAUACAAAGAUUAUGUGGAUGUUUUUCUGGGAACAAAGUUUGUGUCCCCUGAUUGAAGGUGUCUCUUGAAUAGAGGUGUCCCAAAGGAGAGGUUCCACUGUAUAUUUAACAAUUAUUCCAUGAGUGCAUAUUGGAUAUCAGAUGGUAGAUAGCCAACGAGGUGCUUAGAGCGGAGUUGGCUAUAAUCAUCUCAUAUCCAACAAACGCGAGUAUUUUUUACUAAAAACGCCCACAAAAUAUCUAGAAUUCUUCCCGGUGUUAUUUGUGAAAACAACCGAUUUUCAGCUUGUUUUUAAUUUUGAGCAGAUGGAUACAGUUACCAUAUUUGGAGAGCAUGGUAUAAUGGCUCAUACACCAUGACAGCUAAGCCAAUCAGUGCUCUAAAAUUGCAUUAUCCAAUGAUUCAGUUUUUAGUAAUAUUUGAUAUUAAGUAAAAUAUUAUUACUCAUUUCUGUAGUAAUAAUAUUGAUAUAGAGCACAUCACGUUUAGGUAAAAUUGUUCAAAGCAAGUGUAAGAUAACCAAUAGUUAGCAUGAAAUCUGAUUUCAGACCUAAACACUUACAGUGCGAAUUCAGGUUAAUCCCUCUUACCUACAAUUUCAUGAUUGGCUGGAUAAAAAAGACACUCCAGAAAUCCCAGGUUAGGGAUAAUUGGCCUUCAAUCAACUGGGCCCAUUAUGAUGACAUCUGUGCAGUGGAACUGUUCUGUUGUAGACAAGAUGGAUCUUGUUUACUGUGGGUAAUGUCGACCGAGAUAUCGGUCGACAUAGCGGUCGAUAUAGCGGUCGACAGUCGGUCGAUAGUUGGUCGACAGUCGGUCGAUAGUCGGUCGAUAGUCGGUCGAUGGUCGGUCGAUAGUCGGUCGAUGGUCGGUCAAUAGUCGGUCGAUAGUCGGUCGAUAGUCGGUCGAUAGUGAGAUAGACUAUCGACUGAGUAUCGGUCGAUAUUUCGACGACGCACCUCGACUUGCUAUCGGUCAUAUGUCGGUGAUAUAUCGGUCAACUGUCAGUGGUAUAUCAGUCAACUGUCGGUGGUAUAUCGGUGAACUGUCGGUGGUAUAUCGAUCAACUGUCGGUGGUAUAUCGGUUAACUGUCGUUCGAAUAUCAGUCGUGUGUUAAUUUAUCAGGUGAGUCCAAUGGCUUUUUUUUUCAGCAAAGACGUCAUUAAUUACUGUUCAUGACAUGCUUUAAGAGCGAGGAAUACACAUCUUUUAUUAUCGGGCUUUGACCUGCUUCAUCACGCCAAGUUCUCGCUUGUGCAGAGACCACAAAUUAAACUUAUAUAUUUCUGUAUUGAAGACGGGAACAGUCCUUUGUUUAAUGAUCAGUUAUUGAUAAAACGCGCUGAUAAUGUGCCGAGGAAGGUGACAAAAAUAUCCAGCAGACUGAACACAUUCAUUUAUUGUGGGAUACGCUACGUUCUCAUUACAUUAUCCUGUCCUUUUGCUCUGUCCUUUCGCUUUAUAUUUAUAUUUUGUUCAAAAUAGAGACGACCAUGCGUAUACAGAAAUUAAUAUUGAAUGGUAAGUCACUUUUGGUCAUCCACGAAAAGGAAAACAGUAUGCGCCGCGUUAACAUUAAUAUUAUCUUAACUUGUUAAGGAAAAACAAGUUUAAAAAAAUGAACUGUAAAUACAUUUUUUCAUCAAUGUAGUUCUGAGUCGGUUGAAAAAUUCUCGGCAUAGGAAAAAUCAGCCAGAUAUAGGCCUUACACGGUGGGAAUAAAUCACAUAACAAGAAGCUGAAGGCCUAUCAUUCUCACUUAGCGGACUUCUUCAUGAUUCAAUUCUAGCCGGCUACGCGUAGCGAGACUCCCACCCCUGAAAAAAAAAACGAGGGGAGGAAACGUCUGCGAAAAGGUGGUGGGCAUCGAUACAGAUAGGCUAAAUCCCGUUCACAUGAAUUAAAAGAAAAGGCUAGAUAAAUGACUAAUAGCUAUUAAUCCGGAAUUUUGGCUAAGUACAUUGAAGUUUGAAAUUAAAAAAGCAGAAACACAAUUUAAAAAAACAGUUAGGUCCAAGCUAGAAAAUGCUUUCUAAUUCCUUGUUUUCCAAGCUAAAAAAUGUAGGAAAUGCUAAGUGUCGACCGACCAUCGACGGAGUGUCGACCAAUUACUGACUGAUACAUCGGUCAAGUAUCGACCAACUAUCGGCGAAGUGUCGGCGAAAAGUCGGCGAAGUGUCGGUGAACGAAAAGCUAUAUCGGCCGAGACACAUCUGGAACGACUACCGACCGUGUCUCGACCGAGUGUCGACCCACUAUCGACCAACUAUCGACUGACUAUCGACCGACUAUCAACCGCUAUAUUGACCGACUGUCGACUGAACGUCGACCGAGUAUCGACCGAGUGUCGACCGAGUAUCGACCGACUGUCGACCGAGUGUCGACCGACUAUCGACCGAGUGUCGACCGCUAUAUCGACCGCUAUAUCGACCGAUAUCUCGGUCGACCGAUAUAUCGGUAUCUCGAUAUCUCACAGUAAACAAGAUGCGACAAGAUUCUGUUACCCUGCCCUACCCCUCCUUGGUCAGUCUGGACGCAAUCACCAAAAAUACUCUUGAUAAGAUUUUUGUUUCCCUUAAAAUACAAUGUCUAAAAUAAUCACAGUGGUAUAUAAGAGACAAGGCUGUGCUCUAAGGGAAAUUGAAGGGAGCCCAGUGCUCUGAAAGUAAAAUCUAGGGUGCCCAACAUAGGGUUUGUAUGAAAAAAGUUAGAUUUUGUAGUCACCUGAGAGCAUAAGUUCGUCACCUGGGACCAUCGGGCUCUUUUAGAGCACAGCCCUAGAUCUAUAAACUCACACAAGAUACCUUUUAUGUUUUCUAGGCUUCAUUUUUAGAGAAUACAAAUGGAGAAAGGUAUGAUUUGAAGAGCAUUUGCCAAGUUGUGAAUUACAUUAUUGAACACAGACAUCUUGUCAUUAUAAUAAUAUUAUAGCAUCCACAAAAUUUAGUUGGUAAGUGGGAAACUUCACAGUUUGGCUAAUAAGCAAGGAACUGGUAAUUUUGAAGCUUUCAGUGAAAUAUUUGCUGGCUACUCAACAUUACUAAGCCUUAGUAAUACUGAAUAAAAACCAAACAAAUCAAUCUCAAGGCCUUUGCUAACUACCACUCUGAUUAUACUACCUACAACUGUGAAACAUUUUGACUGCAGGUUGGGCUGGUCAGUUGACAUUGAGCUUGUUUUGGAUUAUGAGUUUUCCAAUGUGUUUGGUAAUGUGCAGGUUAAAUUAGAGGAUCUAAGGAGUAAUCACAGAACUUUUAUAAUUUUUGUAGGUCCAGAGUUGAUGCUAUAACUAUUAAAAAUCUAUACUUUGCUUGGGAUGAAUCAGAAGAGGCUGAAAAAAACUGGACAGAUACUCUGGAGGGAACACACCCUGAUAUUAUAGCCUUAAAAAGUAAGAGAAGCAGCAGACAUACUCAAGAUACCACUACCAGCAACAGCAACAAAGACAAGAGUCCUUCAGUAAGGCAACUUAGACAGGUAAUGAGGGUGCUGGAAAUGUUUGCAUGAUAGCCAUAUCUUUGAACACCCUGCCAGAAGAGUCAUUCUUUCACUUGCUCGCUUUCGGCGUACUUGAGGAAGACUCUGCAUGAAUUGAGUACCGGGUAAGAUCUUUUUUGAACAUGCGUGGCAUGUUGGUAGGAUACAGGUUCUAACCCAGGCUUAACAGCUGUGUGCUUGUUACUGGGGGCUUGGUUAUGACCAUUGGUUUAUCAAUGAACAGAUGUUCGCACUUGGAAAAAAAAACAAUUCGACAAAAGAGAACAAGACUGGCUAGUCCAGAAGUUUGGGCCGCUGUGACCUCAAAGGUUUGUCUUGAUUCAGGCAGAGCCUCCUUUGCUCCUCUUCGCUCAAGAAGACAAAAAAAGGCUUUGCUUGCAGGCUGCUCCUUGAAACUCUUGAAAUUAACCAAUAUUGGUCAUUUUUUUCUACUCUCAGAAAACACCCAGAAUUUUAUAUUAAUAUAGCAUGAAAAAGGCAUAGGAUGAAGCUUGCAAAAUUCAUGAAAUUACAUCCAAAUCUCAGCAUUGAUUAUAAUGUCUGCAAUGCAGGCAUAGCAAUAAAGGCUUUUUAGUUUACUUGGCUAGGAAACUGAUUUACACAUUCUGGGUUGCACCUAAGGGUAACCAUUGAGCAGUGUUCUGUAAGGAUAAGUUGAAUAUUGUUCAAGGGAUACCAGGGCUCAAAUAACGUUCUGUCCAGUAGUCAGGGACAAGUUAAUUUUCUUAUUGGGCAAGUAACUUUGACAGCUUACUUGUCCAAUGGGCAAGCAGGGGUUUCAAUAAUAAUUGAAGUAGGCAGCAGGUUUAAAUAAAGUAAUCGACUGUAUCAACAAGGGGCCGUUAGUGCCCUUUUUCUAUGGGGGUGGGGUGAUGAGGGGGUCUGAGUGUGUUCUGCCCCAGAAUAUUUUGAAACUUCAAAGCCCUAAAAUGCGAUUUUUAGCAUUUUGGGGACUAAAAUUGAGGACAGAAGAGUGUGUUUUCAUUCAAGAAAAUGUAGCUUCCGAUAUUUAUCAGUCACACAAUCAAUUUGUGCAAGCAGCAAACAAAUGAACUAAAUUACGAUCUUUUUUAAACCUAUAAAGAAACUUGUGAAAAAAUGACUGAAAUGCAGUAAUCACAUAACUAACGCAUAAUGUAAAACCAGUGGGCCUUUAUAUUAUGAAAACACAUAAUUGCGUUUUCAUUCAGAUUUUAUGAUAUAUUUUUCGUUUACAACGCUAUUCAAACUAGUUUCUUCUUCUUUCUAGAAAAAAGUAGCCGACCUCUAUGAGCAAAGUAGCCGACGUGUUUCGUCGGCCGUCGGUGCUUAUUGAAAUCCUUGGGCAAGGGUGGGUCCAGGCAAGUCAUCCUCUUACAAAAUCAUUAACUAAGAUGAGCAAGAAGUGUCUUUGGGUAAUCAAAAUAUGAGAGAUAUACUUACCCAAAUGGUGAGCUGGAAUUCAAUUUCUUUUUUGAGUCCUGGAUAUAAGGGUUAAAUAAAGGUGUUCCAGCUGAACAGUCAAGUGUUCAAGUCCUUAGCCCUAGAAGUUUCAUAUUUUCACCCUAGAAAACUCUAGUGGUGCAAACCUAGCUAUCACAGGAAAAAACAGAGACAAUGGCUAUUCAGAACUCUCAUGGUCUGGUGUUAAUAUUUUUGUUUUCCAAAAGGAAACUAGAAGCAGAGCAGAACCAAGUGGUCGUAAGAAGUCCAAUGUAGCGGUAAAUAUUGAGAGGUGUGAUGAAGCCAUGCAGAGGUUAAAGAGUUCUUCAAGAAACCUUUUGUAAGUUAGAAGGAAAAGUUAUGGAAAAGUCUAACAGAUUUAUUUUUCAAAUAACCAAUUCAUUAAUAGAAUCUUUGUUGAGGUACGCUUGACUUGGCUUGACUUUAACUAUACUUCAUUCUUUUGUUUUGUUUUUAUAUCACAGUUCUGGUCUAAAAGAUGUAUACUCAAAUAUGGUGGCUGGAGAAGCAGGACCCAGUAAAGUUAACAGUGAAAAUAAUAAUGACAAUGACACAAAUGAUAUCCCAGUCAAAAGACAUUGUAAGGCAGUCGUUGCUGAACCAGACAGGUUAGUUUCAAUAAGAAAUUAUUCUCUUUUUUAUAUAUAUCUUUUAAAAUCUGGGGCAGAUGUAUUGUGUUACUGUUAUGUCAAUAAUGUUGUAUGUCAAAUGAAAUUCAGCUCAAAAAGUUUCAACCUACUUUGACUCUCAGUUUCUUUCCUAACCUUAAUCAUUCAUGAUCUUGAAUAAUGAAAAAGGAAAUCAGGGUUGUCACUAAGAUUUCGAGUUGCCGGGCAAAUACAACAAGUAGGCAGGGAAUCUCACGGUUAGGGAUUUCUUUUGGUUCUAUUUUUCUUCUAUUUUCCAAUAAAAGUAGCCAGGGGCCACUCUCUUAGUAGCCGGAGAAAAUCCCCGGCCCCUGGCUCUUAAUGACAACCGUGGAAAAUAUUAGGGUCUUGUUCUAGUCUUAAGAAUAAUUUUCUUCUUUCAGUACUCAAAGUUUUUUUGUGGGAGGAAGCCUUAUUUUAAAGUUUGAUUGAUGUUGAUUUGGUUGUUAUUAAAAUAUUAUUCUAGUGCUAGUGGACAAGAACCAGAUAAAAAAGGGAAAAGACCUAUAGAGAGCAGGUCAGCAAAAAGGCGAUUUAAUGAACAUCAAAGUGAUGCCGAGAUAUUGGACUGGGAUUCAGAUUCAGAUGAUGAUUUUGAUGAAACAGAGAUAAAACGGAAGACAAUCAGUAAGUGGAGUCAAUAAAAAUUAAUUUAUAAUGAGAGGGUGUUAUAAAAAAUUGUCUUGCGUGACUAGCGUGACAUUCUUGAAGCUUCCUGCGAGUUCAUAGUUUAUUUAUUUUAGGACCUUAUGUAAGUGUUUCUGAAGCGGUAUAUUUUGUAAUCUUUCUGUAACUAGACUAUUUCGAAAGUUCUAGAAUCUUAUUGCAAAAGUAUAUAAGUAGACGAGUCCAAGCAAAGUUUUAACUAGUUUUCACAAGUAAAGAGAGUUUAAUGUUGGUCGAGUUUAGUCAAGUGUGAUGGUAGCAGUGUUUAUUCAAGUUAGUGGAGGUUAUGUAAGAUUAUCGAGUUACGUGCAGUUGACCAGUUUUACUUGGUGGAAACUACCUUCAUAUUUGGAAUAAAUCUUCUUGUUGCUGUUCUGACAACCCUGUGUAUAGUUUAGUUGCAAGCUACCCAUCCUCUGAAAGAGUUCCUGUGUAACAGAGGACAAAUAAACUGUUCUUUUACUGGUAAACGUCAGGCAGUUGCUUUAAUUUAUCAUUCCUCCUUGAAGUGGCAUAAAAAUAUUGUACUGUCACAGUGCUUUGGGCAAGACGUAUAAAGUACAAUAAUUGUACUGCUAUUACACUGUAGGUACCCCACAAGCAGUGUUUUCUCCCGGCUGGACACUACGCUACAAAGGGAGAGAAACCACUGUAAGCAACCCUUUGCUUCUUUGAUCGAGCUGCCAUCCAGCACCCGGGAUGAAUGUUAAAUAAACUUUGACGAGCCAAAACCUGUUUAAAACCAGUAAGGCUCUCGCACAUUUGACUAUGCUAUAACUGCUGCCUUAAUGUGAGCACCUGCUGUGAAUUUGUGAUCUUUCAGUCUUAAUCGCGAUUAUUCCUACCCACUCACUUUGACAAAUAUCGGUGAGGCCAACUGGAGUUGAAUUGCUAGGAACCAUAUCCAAGUUCAGAAAAAAAAAAAUAGAAUUUUGUUGUUGCUUAUUUACAUUCUCUGUAAAACACAAAAUUAGGGAUUUUCUUCAUGACGUAGUUGUGCAAAACUGCAAAGAAAUAAACAAAAAGUGUGUGAUGCACAUGCAAAGUUGCUGUUUUGCCUAUUAAACCUAUUAGUUUUUUUUUAAUGUUCUCAUUGCUCUUACAUCAUUGAUCUUAUAAAGUCUCUAAUGUUUCUUGCAAAACAAGAGGAAGUGAUGUGAUUUGACAGUUUAACGUAGGCAUCAUGUGGACACGCAUGCUCGAUGGAAAAGCAAAUGGGUGCCCACAGUGGUUUUUCUUCCUUUGUAGCGUAGCAUCAGUCUGGAGAAAGCAGUUCUCGCAGGAAAGCCAUUAGGGAGAUUAGAGCGGUUUUCACUUGACUGUCGUAAAACCAAAACCAAAGUAAAUACACUAGCCAACCAAAGGGCGUAGUAAAACCAAAACCAAAACCAAAACCAAUUACUUUCGACAGUCAAGUGAAAACCGCUCUAUGAUGGCAAAGAGAACAUCAGAAAAGCAAGCAAAACAACAACUCUUUUAGUGCAUCACGUUUUUGUACAUUUUGUUGCUGUCAUUGUAUUACAGUGAAGUGUACAAAAUGUAAACACAAGAUUCUGUUUAUUUUCUUCUUCUUUUUCUGAACUUUGUUACAGUUCUCAGGAAUUCAAGUCAAGAAACAUUUGGCCUACAUGUGAUAUGUUGACUAUGUAAUCAUGUUCAAUAAUAAUAUUUAUAAUAAUAAUGAUUAUAAUAAUAAUAUUAUUAUUUUAAUUAUAAUAACAACAUUGUCUUUACUUGUUUUAUAGUUGCAUAUUUUAAGUUAAAUAAGUUAUUCUUUUUUAUGUUAGGCAUUAUACUAUAUAUUUAUGUGGGUCAAAGUGAAAUCUCUAAAAACCCAUGUUUGGCAAACAUUUUUGAUUGUCUACAAGUCACUAACUUCUAUGAUGCUUCUUCUACAGAACUGUCAAGCCCAAGAAAAAGGGUUCUCAAUGUGAAACUUCCUGUUAGAGAGAGGCGAAGGUUCUGGACUGACAAGGAAACAAAAUGGUUAAAAGAUGGAGUGAAAACCUAUGGAGAAGGCAACUGGGCAGUAAUUCUAGAUGCAUACAACUUUGUUGGAAGGACAUCAGUACAUUUAAAGGAUAAAUGGCGCAACUUACAAAAGAACUAG